AUGAGGGCGCUCGACCCCCAGAGCCGCAGCACCCUGGACAGCGUCAUCCAGCACCCCUGGGUGGGGCUGAUGAACGGACUCCCGCCCUGCCGCGAGCCAUCCCCGGGCCAGCACCAGGCCGCGACAGAAGCCAUGGUCCACCUGGGAUUCCAGAAAGAGGUCAUCGACAGGGCGCUUUUGGAGGCCAGGUAUGACCCAGUGAUGGGGACCUACCUCAUGCUGCUCUCCAGGCAGUGGCCGGACGAGGAGGAGCCGGACCCCGCCAUCACCCCCAAGCUCCUCAGUCCCGAUGGGGCCCACUGCGCCCCGAUGCCGGAGGACCACCUGCAGCCUGAGGUCUCCGGGUGCGAGACCUUGCGAGUGUCCCAGAAGGAGGACGCCCAGAAGCCCACCACCACCUCCGGGCCAGGAAUCCCACAGGAGGACGCCAGCGUGCAGAGCUCAGUCUCUGGCUCAGGGACCCUGCUGCGGGACGCCUGGAAGCCCAGCAUGGCCUCCAGGUCAGGGCCCGUGCUGCGGGAGGCCAGGGGACAUAGCGCCAUCUUGCUGCCAGGCCCCCUGCAGGAGGAAGCCCCGCUGCCCGACACCACAUUGCCAGGCCCCGUGGAGGAGCACAGCACCACUGCCUGCCAGGCCCCCAGCUGAAGCAGGACCAGGAAAGCAGCAGGAAAACCUCCAGCCCAGCCCCCCAGCCCUCCAGCACCACCGGAGCAUCCCCAAGGAGGUGCCUCCUGUUCAGCAGACUGGUGGCCCCUGCAGAGACACUGGGCCAUGAACACCGUGCUGACCACUCCCAUUCCACCCUUCAUUCCCACGGAGGCUACAAGUCCAGAGUUCAAAGAAUCCUCAACAGUAUUCUAAAAUGUUGCUGUUUCUGUGCACCCUUCAGUGGACAACACCAGUCCAGAGUUCACCCUGCCGGGGACUAGGAUGAUCACCAGCACCUCCCCAGAAUUCACUUCCCCACUCCAGGGAAGCCACCCAGUGGCCAUGGUGAAAGGAGACCACCAGCGGAGGCCGAGGCCCUGGAGAGGGGUCAGGGGCUGGGCCCAGCCAGAGGGGCCAGGAGCAGCACGAGCCCAUAGACGUGGAGCACAGAUGUCCGCGAGCACAGCAGUCCCAGGAGCAGAGCAGGCUCUAUCCCGUGAGGGCCCUGCUGGCAGCCCUGGGCACCUGGACGGUGCAGAAGAUGCAGGAGCUCUUCGGGCUGACUGGCGCUGUCAGGGACUGACAUCCAUGGUCCCAGAGGGCGCGAGGAGAAGGCCGCCAUGGACACACUGGCUCCCACUGCAGGGGCACCUCCAGGUGAAUUGCUGUACCUGCGGGGCCCUGGGGCGUGGAGGCAUCUGGACGCUCUUUCUCCACCUGGAGGAGACAGUUUGAAAUGGAUUGUUUAGUUAAAAUGUCUAUCCCAGGACACAUUAAAUUGGUGUUUGAAUCCGACCGCGUUUGCUUCCCGUUUGUGACUGCGCCCACACUUCCAACACAUUGGACGCCAGAGACCAAAAUUUCCUUUAACAUUCUUGUAUCAGCAGUGAAAAGUUCAGAAAAUUUAGAAAAUUUUGGAAAGCAUUUAGAAAAUUUUAGAAAAGUCAGAGGGGUCACAUGGUGAUCAGAUAGACAGGAGCAUGAAGGAGAGCUAGCAGUGAGUAUGGAAUUAGGUAUUUGCACUAUUUUCUUUAGGUGUAUGUGCAUGUCUUGCACUGUGUGCAAGUGUGUGCAUGUGAGUCUACAUGAGUGUGGCAUGU